AGAAUAACUGCGGGCUCAGCGAUUAACUAGAUCUUGUCAAUUGGAGAAAAAGGCAAAAGCAAAGAAUUUCGCCGCCAAGGAAAGUCACCGAGAACAAUCACCAAAGAGAUAAAGAACGAGAAACAGGGACAGAAAACCCCGGACGCUGAUUAUCUAGAUGUCGAGGACACCAGUGCAUCCUUGGAGACAGGCCACAUCCGGCGGGCAGUAUUCUGAUGGGCGGGCCGAAACCGCUGGCGUUGACCGUGAGGCGCUAACAGCAGCUCCGAGUCAAUCUUAUCCCACGGCUGGGCUUCCGCGUUUCUCAUUCCCAACCCCAACCAGUGAGGGCUAUAAUCUCACUGUCGCAUCGGCCCCUUUCAAUUCUAGGUCGUCCUAUCAGGAAAGGGUGUGGGAUCCUGUUGCACAUCAGAAGCAUGACGUCCCUUCAUUCUCGUCAUACAGUGCUGGCGACCCAGCUCCCUCUGGGACCCAGCGGUCCGCUAUUCUGAGAAAUGUCGACGACUCGAUGGCCGGCCCAAGUCCUGGUCAUUGUUAUGAUUGUACGGGAGGAUCGUCCGUUAGCGUGGUCGCGGACAAAUCUCGCUCGCAACAACCCCAGAGACAAAAUACGACGAGUAUGCCUUCUGGGUUUGAGAGACUGCUCCAUCAUUCACCCACGCCGUCCCCUCCCCCGCGGCAACCCGCAUCGACCUCACGAUAUCACCUCUUCAUCAGACAGCAGCCAUUAGCAGCACGAGCUUGCGGCGCUGGUGACAGAGAUCGACGGCCCAUCGAUCCUCCUCCUAUUAUCCAGAUGCUUUUAACAAACUUUGAUCCAGAGUCAUCUGAGGACAACGAAAUCCUUCAAGAUCCGCGAUUCACCGUGGGUUGCUUCCUCAUCCCAGAGCCUGGGGUCACCCAAUCUGAAAUGAAUGCCGACGGUACUGGUAGAGCGGAUGAACUGAGUCAUGGACAAUGCACCCCUUUACUAUCAGGAAAAGCAUUUGUGUCGCCUUUCUAUGUUGAAGAGGAUCCGGAUCCAAGCACUGCACCAGCACAUCCAUCGUCAGUCUACUACGCACCCGAAAAAGGCAUAUAUUCGCCACGGGUCGACUACCAAAGCAGCAACCCACACGUCACGAAGCAACCUGCCACUUUCUACAUCUUCUCCGACCUUUCUGUACGUACAGCUGGACUGUACCGCUUGCAGUUUCGUCUGAUGAACUGGGGUCACGUAGAAGACACUGGCAAGUCGAUGCCGAUACUUGCCGAGGCUUGGACGGAUCCUUUUCGCGUAUAUCCUGCCAAGGAUUUUCCUGGAAUGAGGGAUUCAUCCCCUCUCACAGAAGGUUUGAAGGAGCUUGGGUUCGUGGAGCUGAAAACACGAGGAAAGGGGAAAGGCAAGGGUCGAAGGAGGUGAUCCUCGAGAAGCUUUGGUCCAUUCCGGCAGUUGCGCGGGAUAAGACAAUCUUGACCUUUAGAAAUAGCGGCAAGACAAUUUUGGAUCUUCCCUACCCCCAUAUCAUAUUUUUCUAUAUUUAUUCUCCAAUCUUGCUCAUGUCGUGAGAAAUGAUUCUGGUGGAAAGGACAGUACACAGAGAUCGAUCAUAGGCAUGCCGUCGCACCGCGAUGAGCACAGGGUGACGUUGCGAUUGACAGUUACUUUUUCUUCCAAUUAUCUAAU